AUUGUUUUGACUUAUUUUUUGUUUCAAUUGCCGACAAUUUAGUCACAAUGGAACUGUUUUCCCUGUCGGAAUAUUGUGAUGUAUUUACAUCAGUGAACCAGGAAGUAACCACCGGUACAAUACUGUCCGACACCGCCCAGGAUGCAAAUGGUAGAGUCCAUACUUUUCGAUAGAAAUACGUUUAGUUUAGUUACAAUGUAAUAAUUACAACACUCCGGGUGAUUAUUUGACCUUUAUUAGAGGCCUUUGUUAUGUCUUACCUGUGUGGAACUGCUUAGAAAUAAACGUACAGUACAGUAAACUUGACUUCUAAUAUGUGCUAUAAUGACGGUGGCUGUCCACUAGAUGGCAUUAUGCCGCAAUUGUUUUUUGCAUAACGUUUAACUAGUAUAAUUCCCGAAUAUUUGACAUGUUAAGUGUGCUUAAAGUGUCGUGUAUAAAUCAUUUAAUCAUCCCUAAGUAUUCUUACAGUAUUUUCACGAGCAUGUAGUUAGCUUAAGGUAACUAGCUUAAGCAAAGCUAACUAGUUAGCUUAAAGUAAGUCCAACAAUUAGCACAUGCUGCCUUUGCAGUUCACUGCUUUAUUAUUUUCUGUUUUUUUCGACAUAAAAUAGCCUUACCUAUAAUACAUUAAGGUACACUUAAGAAACAUAGUUAUCCAAUAUGCAAAUAUAUACCUUGGAAUAAACAUAUCGUUACGGUAACCAGGCGUAUAGAAUGCAGAAAAUGGCCGCUUUUUGCCUCCACUCCUUCUUGAGAGACCCUCGUAACAAUACUCCACCGUUUGAUUAAAUGUGCCUCUAAUAAAGUAAACAAUCUUUGAUUCAGCAGCCCUCACGUCAGCAGCUCAUCCUCCCGAAACCUCAUUAAAUCAAUUAAUUACGAUGAGAACGGAGGGAGUGGCAUGGCGGCUGUCGUGACGGUGAUUCAUGUCUUUGUCCAAAGUCAGUGUUUUCUUACAAGGUUCCAGCAGAUGAUCCUUCGUGGUGCACUUCGGUUUAAGUCGCAUGUAAGUGUCACGGCCGUGUCUCCUUAUUCGAGUCCCACUGGCACCAUAGCGCCUUUGACGUGUUUGUGACUGCCAAAGGACGGCAGUCCUUUAUGACUACACUUUACACCAAAUACACCAUCUCUUAUCGAACACACAGCCCGGAAAACCUGCCUGAUUUUGCCUUAUUUUUUGGCGAGUCGACACGCUGUGUGGAGUUCAUGCAAGCAAUCAUGAAUGUGGACAAGUUUCACACCUUGCCAUUUCUGCCCUCCAACCACUCUGGUGCCGAGAAGAGAGACGUUGCCACCUUCAUGGAAAGCUGUGGUCUGAGGAAAGCUGAAAGUAAGGUCUUGAGAAAUGGAGCCCUACUCACUAAAACGCCUUAUGACGCCGUCCCAAACGGUGGCGAAGCCAAACAACCAGCAGCUGGGACCAUGUCAUUUAAAGAGGAAGAAGACAAAGUCGCCGAGAUGACCCUGAAGGUGUCCCCCGUUAAAAGGAGCAAACGAAAGAUCACCCCUAAACAAGAGGAGCAAGCCAAAGAAGUGUCGGUGAAAAUCUCGCCGCAGCCUAAAAGAACAAAACGAAAGCCCAGCACAAAACCGGAGUCUCUCACAAAGCAGCAGGGACUCAACACCACCGAGGUCUCGGUGAAGGCGUUGCCUGCUAAAAGAACCAAACGCAACACAAACACCACCAAACCCGAGACCGUCAUAAGAGACCCCAAGGUUGACAGCACUGAGCUGUCCGUCAAGGCUCUGCUGGCUAAAGUCCUGAACAGCAAAUACAGCGCCAAACCCGAGACCGCCGCAAAGAAGCCGCAGGUGGAAGUCACCGAGGUGUCCAUGAAAGCUCUGCUGGCAAAACUAACCAACAAGAGGAAGUCAAGCACAAAACUCGAAGCCAAAAAACCCACACAAACCAGAAAGCCUCCCACAAAGGUAGUUGAGAAGACUGGCAACCUUCCACCGUGUUCCUGCUGCCCUACAACCUCGCAACAGGCCGACGCCACCAGAACAUUGUUUGUGCAAAAGUAUCAACAACUGGAGAAACUCGGGGAAGGAGGCUUUGGAUCAGUUUAUGCGGGUUACAGGAAAAGCGACUGUUUCCCGGUGGCGAUUAAAUACAUUCCCAUAGAAAAAGUCGAAAGUGUUUUUUUGUACAUCAACGGAAAAGUCCAAAAGGUUCCCUUAGAGGCUUGGCUCAUGCUGCAAGCUUCCUCCUUAAAGAACCCUGACGGUACAUCUGCAGUCGUGCUAUUAUUGGACACGUAUGAUCUGGAGCAAGAACUAGUCCUGGUCAUGGAGAGGCCUGUACCAUCUGUGGACCUGUUCACUUAUAGGACCAAAUACAAGCUAGGUCCACUGGAGGAGUACGAGGCAAAGAACAUCAUGAAGCAGCUGGUGGACACUGCGAUCAAAAUGCACGCCGUAAACGUUUUCCAUCGAGAUCUGAAGCAACGAAAUAUUCUCCUGGAGGCCACUUUUAGUCUCCCUCGAGUUCGUGUUAUAGACUUUGGAUGCAGCUGCUUCGUCAACGAGGAACCGUAUCAAGAAUAUGCUGGAACCUUACGUUAUGCUCCUCCAGAGUAUGUCUUCAAGCGUCCAUACAAGGCUGGACCAGCCACGGUAUGGCAACUGGGCGCGCUGCUAUUCGAAUUGCUGGAUGGAACCGAACGCUUCGACACACUCAUGUUCCUCUUUAAAGGCCUUACAUUAAACCGCGUACUGUCCCAAGAUUGCAAGGACUUCCUGUGGAUAUGCUUGACUUCAGACAUGGAGCAGCGAGCCACCUUGGAGCAGAUGCAGUGGCAUCCAUGGCUCCUCUGAUUCUGAACGCACUCCCUCAAAACAACUGACGACCACCCACGGCACCCUACUGGACUUCUCUUCUACUUCUCUGAUGUGUGGUUUUGUAGAUCUGCUCACUGGCCGUUUAAGACAGCUCUUGAGCUCGUCUGAAGGACUACACUUUAACUGUGACUCCCUACAAUACACCUGCAGCUGGUUCUACCCCUAGAACCAGCCCCUUUUUUUGGAUAACGCCCUCGCCUCUUCUCCCCCACCUCCCA